AAACUCUUCAGGCAACUACUACAUUUACAAUAACAGCUGUCUGGAGCUGUGCCGACAUUAACAAUUACUUUUUCAUUAAGCAAAAUGCUUAAUCUGCGGGCAGCGACAAGCCAGUUUACCCCAGAGGUGCGAGAGCCUGGGAUGUGGAUCUGGAGGGUGGAGAAGAUGAAGGCUGUGCUUCUUGAUUCAUUGCAGCAGGGUAUCUUCUACAACGGAGAUGCGUACAUUGUGCUCAGCAACCGGGGCAAGGAUAGAAGUGACCUGCACAUGUGGAUGGGUGAAAAGUCGUCACGGGAUGAGCAGGGUGCUUGUGCCAUGCUUGCCACUCAGCUAGACAGCUACUUAGGUGGAGAGCCAGUACAACACCGACAGGUGCAAGGCUACGAGUCACCUGAGUUCAUGAGACUCUUUCCGAAAGGAGUUAGCUACAAGGAGGGAGGGGUGGAGUCCGGAUUCAAGAGUGCCAGGUCCAGGAUUGGCCCAGUUACUCAUCUGUAUCAGGUCAAAGGAAAGAAAAACAUCCGAGCCAGAGAGGUGGAGCUUAGCUGGGGAAGUUUCAACAAGGGAGACUGUUUCAUACUGGAUCUAGAAGAGACCAUAGUCGCAUGGAGCGGUUCCAAAGCCAACAUGUUUGAGCGACAGAAGGUCCGUGAGAUUGCAAUGCUGAUCAGAGACACAGAAAGGAAUGGAAAAGCUCACAUCAUUGAUGUGACAGAGGGCGAGGAACCACUAGAGAUGGUUCAGGUACUUGGUCCAAUCCCAGCUCUGAAGGACAGCACAGCAGAGGAAGACACUGAAGCAGACAUUUCUAAUUCUGCUUCACUUUACAAGGUAUCUAAUGCAACAGGCCAAAUGACCUUGACCAAACUUUGUGAUAGAGGACCUUUUGGUCAAGAGCUGUUGGGGAAAGAUGACUGCUUCAUACUAGACAAUGGAUCUAAUGGGAAGAUCUAUGUUUGGAAAGGGAAUGGAGCCAAUGCAGAGGAGAAGAGAGUUGCCCUGAAGGUAGCAGAUGAGUUCAUCACAGAAAUGAACUAUCCCAGGAUGAGAACACAGGUGGAAAUUCUUCCUCAAGGCCGUGAAUCUGUCCUCUUCAAACAGUUUUUCAAGAGCUGGAGUUAAAUACACAUACCAAGAUAUGGGAUGCACAGAAACUGUGACUCAUUUUGUAUAACCACAUAACAUAUUAGCCAUGUGUAAUUUUACCCUGUAAAGACUCUUUGCUGUUAGCCAAAAGAUUGCUGCUUGAUCCCAGGCAAUGAGAAGGCCCUUUGUCAUUUUGUAUGCAUUUCUAUUAAUUUUCUGUUACAUACAGUACAUCUUUCAUUAAAAAAACAACAACCCAACAGUCAGUUGUUGUUGUUUUUGUUGAUUCAAUGUUUUUUGUUUGAAUUGUUUUUGAGUUCAAAAUUCAGAUUUUAUUAAAUCACAUGACCUCCGUCAACCUCUGCUUUAUAAUGAGCACCAAAUUGGCCCUAAUUCAAAU